UAUAUAUCAAAGACUGAGACGCAAAUCGAUCUUACGGAUCUUUUCUGCCACACAAUUUUUAAAUGAAAUAUUGCUUCAGUUCUUUGAACUAAGUACAUAAGACGGGUACAAAAAUAUACUUUACACGACAGGUGGAUUUUGAUAAAUUUACACGAGAAGUUCAUUUAGUACGGAGACUGAAGUAGCAUCACUUUAUUACACGAGACUCGUGUGAUUUCUAAAGACAUAUUUUUCAAACGUUUGAGAAAUGUUAACUUGACCAAAUAAUUCAAGUGUUGAUAAAUGAAGCUUUUACUGUUCUUACCGAAAAUGGAAUUUACAAAGCGAAAUCUGAUUUUAACUUUAAUUGUGCUUAACGUGUGGGAAAUUUCAUCACGUGCAACAUCGGACCAAGUUAAACCAGCCGACACAGAACUAGAAAACGAAGAAUUAAUACAGCUGCAUGUCAUAACCAAACGAGAAGCUGGUAGUGAUAUACAACAGGACUACCCACAUGUCGAUGGCCGAACAUUCCCUGCAUCUGAACCAUUAGAUCCGAAUGGUGCCGGUACAUUGAAUGAUGCUGCACCUCAGAGUUUGUUUCAAGGAUUUGAAACAGAGAAUGAGGUAUUCCAACCGGAACUUGAUGCUGGAACUUCCGAUGAAGGUGACACUACAACAGGAAGUGACGUUGGUCAGCAUACCGGAAAUAAUGAGGGGAACGAUACUGUUGACAGUACACGAACUGCAUAUGGUGCACAGUAUCCGUACACGGAAACAACAGAAAGGAGUCAAUAUCCGAGAUCUGUUUCACACACAGGAACUCGCUCACAGGGGUAUCAGACAAACGAUGGUGUGCAGCAAACCGUGACGUCACGAAGAAUAGUAUUGACGGGAAGGGGAUCGGACACAUCUGAAAAUAGUCACUCUGGUACACACACAAGAACAGAGUAAACGGAGUAUCAGCCUUCGCAAACAU